AUGACCACCACAAACAGUACAACUGCUGCUGUAGUGACCACCACUUCCAGUGGAGCCGCUACCAUAGGAAAAUCGAGCAACCUUCGAGCAUCAUUUGGAUCGAACGUGAUGCUGCAGGUGGAGGUGUUCUGGUGUCUGAACACUGCCAUGCAGCACCACUCAUACGCGUCCAACAAAGGUGUUUCUGAGUUGUUCCAGGCGAUGUUUCAGGAUUCAGAAAUAGCCAAAUCUUUCACCUGUUCUCAGAACUUCAGCAGCAUGUGCUACAAAUUCAACUUCAUAGCAGACAUUGUGGACAAGAUUGCUCCUGCAGUUGUUCAUCUGGAGCUAUUCAGAAGACUGCCAUACUUGAACCAAGAAAUGCCAAUCUCCACUGGCUCAGGGUUUAUUGUGUCAGAAGAUGGCUGGAUAGUCAACAACACCCAUCUACUAUCCAACAAACAGUGAAUUAAAGUGGAGCUGAACAGCGGUGUCUGUUAUGAUGCUAUGGUCAAGGACGUGGACCAGAAAAUAGACAUCGCUCUGAUUAAGAUUGACUCAGAGGAGGCUUUGCCUGCCCUGUCUCUGGAACGAUCCUCUGGCCUGUGGCCAGGCGAGUUCGUGGUGGCUGUGGGCAGUCCGUUCUCGCUGCAGAACACCGUCACAACAGGCAUCAUCAGCACCACGCAGCACAGCAGCCACGAGCUUGGCCUCCACAACUCAGACAUGGAGUACAUCCAGACUGAUGCUAUCAUCAGUUACGGCAACUCCGGAGGGCCGCUUGUUAAUUUGGAUGGAGACGUCUUCGGCAUAAACACGCUGAAGGUCACGGCAGGAAUAUCAUUUGCAAUUCCCUCAGAUCAGGUACAGCAGUUCCUUGCAGACUCUGACGAGAGACAAAGGAAAGGAAAGCCAAAAACAAAAAAAUCCUGGAUCCACGUACAUAUGUUUUUCUUUGAUUGCAGUUUAAUCAGGAACCUGAAAGAGAAGGAGACCGUCAGUGCAGGAGUCUACGUCUACGAGGUGAUUCCUGGAAUGGCUGCCUCCAGUGCUGGCCUGAAGAACCAUGAUGUGAUCAUCAGCAUUAACGGUAAGUCGGUUCAGAGCAUGGACAACGUAAGUCAUGUGGUUCAAUCAGCUAAAAUGCUCUUGGUGAUAGUGCGGCACAUUAACAAAACUGUCACACGAACAGUUGUUCCUGGAGAAUUGGAGUGA